AUGGAAUCGCAAGCAUGCAUUAGCAGCCCAGUCCAAAAGCACAUUGAAUUUAAAACCAGCUCAAUAUCAAAGCUAAUUUCUAAAAGCCUCCCCAAUGAAACAAAGCCAGCUAAAUCAUCCUCAAAAAAAAAUCAUAAAAUAGAACCAUUCCCAGCUUUAAUCAGAGAAGAACGAGAACUCAUUCAAAACCUCCUCCAGCAAGAAAGCAAAAGGCUGCGACGAAAGCUGCAGAAAUCAGAAAGAGACGUAUCUCAUUUGCAUGAUGCACAUAAACUCGAUUCAAAUUCCCCAGAUAAAUAUAAUUCAGAUGGUUUUCUUUCCACAAGAAAUACAUCAAACUUGCCGAAAGAUAUAGAUCAAAUUAUAAAUACUGCCUAUUCAGCUCAUUUUCUUCCACAGAUAAAAAGUCCUUCAAACAGGUUCAGAAUACUAGAAAAUUCUCUUUCAAAAGAAUCCCUGAAUCAAGCCUCUUCUAAACUUAUAGGCGAACUGGAUGAUAUUGACCCAAAACAGCACGCACUUGGACUGUCACUUGCAAAAUCCCUAGAAAACUAUGAUGGUGCCGCAAUAAUUGGCACAACUGGCCGACAAGAUGUGGUAAAUUUAGCAUCUUGGUACGAAUUUAUGAAGAAUAAAUAUCUAGACAAGCUUAGGCAGAAUUUGAAAAUCAGAAUUGACGAAAAAGACGAAAAAAUAAAAGAAUGCAAAGCAAUCCUUAUCGUUGGGAUGAAAGAAAUGAUAAGACAGGUUGGAGUCCAAUGCACAGAAAGAGGAGAGCUGCUGAAAAAUAUGAUGGCUUCUUAUGCAGAAAUCUGGGACUGCACUAUUGAAAGAUAUAAAGCAGAAUUAAGAGAGCAGCAAGAGGAUUUUCUUAAUGAAAUCAAUGCUCUGAAAUUUGAAGCAGAAAAAAAUGUUUCACAAAUCCAGAUGAAAUAUGAUAUUGUUUUGGCUGAGAAAAAAGUACUGGAGAGAAAUGAAGAAAAAUACUUGAAGAAAAUUCAGGACUUGCAGAGAAUUUUGGAAACGAGAGGACUUGAAGCCAAUUUUAUACCUCAGAUUUCAGUAACUGGGAGUCCAAAUACUGAUAGAAAUGCUCCAGGAAGAAGAAUCCAAAGCUUGGUAUUGCAGUCUAGAGGCUCACCAGUGGGAUCGAGAGAAUCAAGUGCUGGGUGCUCUGAUAAGUCAAAUAAAGGGAUUACCAGACUUGAAGCUCCCAUUAAUCCUUUUGCACUUGAAACUAGCUAUGACAGUAAUACUAGUCGAAAAACUCCAGUAAGCCAACGAAAAAGAUCAGUCACUUCGUUUGGAGAUGAAGAUCAAAUCACUUUUUCUGAGUCUCCAAGAGAAGACUCUAUGCCUUAUAAAGUUUUUUACAAAAAAUUAAAGCGAAAGCCUAAAAGAUUGCUGCUGAAACUUGCUAAACUUACGAAAGAUCAUAUACUAAAAUCGUUAAACGUUAUAUAUUAUAGAGCAAACGACGAGAUAUUAUUAAUUAUGAUAAUUUUUCCCUUAUCAAUUAUUAUAUCAGUCUCAUUUUACUUUAAAAUGAACAAGACUUAGUCUAUUUUGACCAAUAAAAUUUAUUCUAAAUGGCAUACAAAAUUCUGAUCUGCCUACUGAAUUUAAUUAUUUGCUUUAUAAUCAAUUUUCAAAAGGAGAAGAUGUAGCUACUUUUGAAGAAAAGUUAUCAAUAUUUUUAGCUACUUGUGUGAGGCAUAAUGAAUGUCAUAGAAUCACCACGUUUCUGAGGCUUGUUGGAAUGGGAGAAUUUAUUGAAAAAAAGAAUUAUUCAUCUCACUCUUUUAAAGUCUUUUUAAAAGCUUUUGAUUUUAUGAAGAAAUCAGACAUAGGAAAAAUGCCCCAAAAUCAAGAAGCCUCAGUCACACAACUUUACCCCACAGCUAGAUGCAUAGGCUGUAUUGUGGCAAUUAUGAGUGAAUUUGUCCAGCAAGAGAAAUUAGCUGAAAUUGAAAAAGUUUUAAAACAGUCAAGCAUUCAAGACCCGAAACAUAUAAAUCCCGAAGGGCUGGUCGAUGUUGAAAUUAUGUAUUCAUAUAUCCUCGAUGAGUUUGAAGCUAUCAGAUGAAACAUUUUCAACAUGGUCAACUUUUUGCACCAAACAAUCACCGUAAAAGAUGACAGGUUUUUCUUAACCAAAGAAGAAGUAAAAAUCCUAGUUUCCUCUGUAAAUCCUAAUAAAUUCCAACUUAUCCACAAUGAAGGUGAAGAUACGCAAAUUUUGAAACAUUUAAUAGUGAAACUCCCAAGAGAGGAAGAAGUAAUCCCUCUUGACAAAUUCAUAGACUUGGCCAUUGAGUGCCUAAUGCUAACAGAAUCGAGCAUUGACGAAUUCUUAGGCGACACUAAAGACUUUGAAGACGAAAAUGUUGAAGACUACAUCUUCUCAGACUAUGCGACGAUUUCAGAAACUGUACAAAAUGAUGACUCAAUCUGGGCUGACCGAAUUGUCAGACAUGUAGAAAACCACAAAGGUCUCAAUAACAAGGCUUCUCUUACUUGGUGGAAAAUCAUCAAAAAAGAGUUCUUGCAGUAUUUAUAA